AAUAAAAAGUUAUACUUCACCCAUAAAUAUCAUUUUUACUUCAGUUUGGGGGUCUCUCUUUUCUUUUUCUUGGUGGGUUCUUCUCAUUUUCCUUUUCUUCUUCUUAAAGAACACCAAAAAUCAAUUAACUUGAUUUAAAGGUCUGCUCUUUCCCUUUUUUUCUUUCUCUUUUUCCUAUGAUUAAUUUUCAGCAUAAAUGUUGAGAUUAUUUUGUUAGAUUAAGGUAAAGAAACCAUCUUUUUCGUUUUUUGGCUGUUUUAAAGACAACUCAUUAGUGAUUUUGUAAGUUGUUUCUUGUUUUUUUCUUGGCUUGAUUGUUAUUUGUGCUAUUGGAGGCAAUUUUCUGGGUAAUUUUUCACCUUUUCUUUCUUUUUUUUUUUGUUUAAUUUGGUGGUUUUAUUUGAAUAUUUUAUGGUACAAUACAAUUACUAGAGUUUAUAUCUUUGUUGUGGGUAUUUGUUCAUGUCUGAUGAUCAACUUGUAAAAUGUGAUAAUCUGGGCACUGGAUUCAAGAAUUUGCUGUGUUUUCUUUCUGGGUUUAUCUAUUUUUUAUUUGCAUUUUGCUGGUUUCUGGGUGUCUCUUAAUUUGUGUGUACUUGAAAGACUUAGAUUUGCAUGCUAUUUUUUCUUUUUUCUUUCUUUUCGUUGAGCUGGUUGUACAUCUAUUCUUGUUGAAAUCUUACUUUUUUUUUUGCACUUAAAUGGGUUUUAGAAUUUGGUUAAGCUCUUGUCUGUAAUUUUUCUUUCUUAAUUAGUAUAUUUCAAGCUUUGAUGGAUGAUGAUCUAUAUUUGUUGUGAAAUGUGAAAUUCUUUUACCUACCAAUGGAAUUUAAAUUUCUGCUUGGUAUAUGUUUGUCCAAUUUGAUUUAUGUUUUUCUACAACACAGAUAAAGGGAUUUUUUUUGAAGAAAAUGUUGAAGAAGAGAAAUAGAUCAAUUCAAAAAGAUCAACAAAUGGGUCCAAUAACAUCAGAUGGUGGUGUUGGUGGUUAUGAAACAUGUUUACAAUCUAAAGUUAUAGGGCAAAGGCAAAAGAUCAACUCUUUUUUUAAUGUGCCUGGUCUAUUUGUUGGAUUAACUCCUAAUGUUGCCUCAGAUUGUGAUUCAGUUAGAAGCCCUACUUCACCUCUUGAUUUUAAGCUGUUUUGUAACUUGGGUAAUUGUCUUAGACUCCCAAAAUCCUCUAAUGAGGAUCAUCAAAAGUGUUGGGAUUGUCAAAAGGUUGGGCUUGGGAGCAUUGUAGAUUCUCUUGAUGAUGAUGAUGAUGAUGAUGUUGAUGAUAGAAACCUAACCGAGAAAUCGAAAAUCAUUCCAUCGUCUAAUUGUAAGACCAUAUUAUUUGGGUCUCAAAUUAAGAGCAAAGGAGUCUUGUCACCCAAGCAUGCUGAUUUUUGUGAAGCACCUAAGUCAUUGCCCAAAAACUAUCCCAUUUUUCCUAGGCUGAGGCCUUCUUAUCAUCAAAAGGGUACCUCUGAUGUAUUAUUUGAGAUUGGAGGAGAACCUUUAGAGUCUGACCCAUUUAGAAAAAUACAGUCUUUUUCAUUGGAUUCUCAUAGGUUAGAAUUCGGAAUUCAUAGGCUGAAUGAUUGCAAUACCGAAUCAAUGUUCAAUCGUUCUUGUUUUGGGAACGGAAAAAUUGAAAGGACUUCGAGUUGUAGUCCGAUUGGAGUUAGUCCAAUGCCAAUUACCAACGGCAAUGAAAUACUUUGUUCACUUACACCUGCAGAGAUUGAGCUCUCAGAAGACUAUACCUGUGUAAUUACACAUGGUACCAACCCUAAAACCACUCAUAUUUUUGGUGACUGCGUUUUGAAUUGUCACCCCAAUGAAAUUGAUCUUGCUAGCUUAGAGACCCGAAAGCCUUGUUUGGAAAAUUGUUUGCAGAAAUGUUCAACAGCGCGAGACCCUUCUGAUGACUUCUUCAGCUUCUGCCACUUUUGUAAGAAGAAGUUGGAGGAGGGUAAAGAUAUAUACAUGUAUAGAGGCGAGAAAGCAUUCUGCAGCUGGGAUUGCCGUUUGGAAGAGAUUUCAAUUGACGGAGAGCAAGAGAAAUUCAUCAUGGAGGCUCAUGGAGAAUCCCCAAAACCCGAAAACGGUGAUGACGUUUUUGAGAAGAGCAUUUUUGUUGCCAUAUAGAUAUAUUAUGAAUUGCUGAAAUCUGCCAGAAUUUGAACAUCUGGUAAUAAAGAGCUGCCUUUUGUGUAUGUAAUAACAGCCUCAGAUGUUCAUUCUAUGGCUUUUAUUAAUAUUUUGAUUGUUGCAAUUCAUCUAUCAUGGUUCUAAUGACGUUUGGAUUGCAGCAAAUCGGCUAUAUUCUUAUUAUAUGAUUUUGACUUAGUUAUAAAGGCUGAAUGGUUUGUUUUGCCAUUUAGCAAUGGCUUGCCCAGUAACACUUGAAAAAAUACCAAAAAAAAAAGAAGUGUUUUUUGUUC